AGUGCACGAUGAUCCGGGAACAGUUCACCUGAAGUCCUGCAGUCAGACCUGCAGCAUCUGCUCACCUGAGAGCCAAGAAGCAGGAGAGACAAACCGGAAGUGGGAUUUAAGUCAACACCGGGAUUAAUUAUUACAUUGGAACGACUUUCAGAGGACAGGGUCUUCCCUCUGAAGCAACAGGUAGGGUUAUCAGUGUGUGUGUGUGUGUGUGUGUGUGUGUGUGUGUGUGUGUGUGUGUGUGUGUGUGUGUGUGUGUGUGUGUGUGUGUGUGUGUGUGUGUGUGUGUGUGUGUGUGUGUGUGUGUGUGUGUGUGUGUCUGCAGGAAUACCGUUUCGUGAAUUUAUUCUGUGUCUCAAACAUAUCUGGAUUUAACUUCAGUUAAAUGAUGCAGAGAUAGUAAUCUAAGUUUGGCCUUGUGGUUUUUCCUGCGGGUGUGUGUGUGUGUGUGUUUCGGACUGAAAGGUGAAACCACUUCCCUAUUCGUGAUGUUUCAUUCAGAACUGAAACGCGUUUAUCCCCCGGGCUUAUUCUACAUGUACUCAACUUCAAUAACAUUUGGAGUGAAGGCUUUUUCUCAUGUAUUUAUGUCCCCCCCUCCCAGCAGUCAUGUACCUGCUCUCGGUGCUGAUGGUGAGUCUCGCGCUCGUGCUCGUGGCGUGUUCGUGCGGAGGGGCGGCUCGUGUCAGACUGAACUCCAUCCGGACUUUGAUCCUGCGGGAGGGGCACGCGCUGCCGGUGAACAGGAGCACGUGGGAGCCCAGCCUGGACCUGACGCUGUAUCAGUGCAUGAGCGACCUGGAGUGUCGCGAGGGCAGCUACUGCCACUCCCCCACCAAAGGCCCCGCCCACUCCCGCUGCCAGACCUGCCGCAGGAGGAAGAGGCGUUGCCACAGAGAUGGCAUGUGUUGCCCCGGAAACCGCUGCAGCAACAAUAUCUGUGUUCCUGACGAGGACAGCUUUGUCUCUCAGACGAUCCCCGAUGGAGAGAUGAGUCCUCUGUCCAAAAAGAGAGGCUGGAGGAAGAGAGAGCGCAUGGAGUCCAAAGGAUCCUCCAGUAAAGGUCAGGUGGGCGACCCCUGCCUCCGCUCCUCCGACUGCUCCGAGGCGCUGUGCUGCGCCCGUCACUUCUGGACCCGUAUCUGUAAGCCCGUGUUGCGGGAGGGACAGGUUUGCACGCGACACCGGCGGAAAGGCAACCACGGGCUGGAGCUGUUCCAGCGCUGCCCCUGUGGGGACAGACUCAGCUGCCGGACGCUGCGAGAGCCCGGCGCCAAAUCUCCAUCUUCAUCCCCACCCUCACCUUCCUCUUCACUGCUGGCGGCGGGGGCCAGGUCAAAGUUCGCAGCAUCUUCCUCUCGCCACUCCUCCCCCCACACUUCGCUGUUGUCCUCCUCGGCAGGGAAGUCGGCGUCACCAGACGUGGCAAAGACACGGCUUCACGUGUGCCAGAAACACUGAGACACCAUAGGUUCAAUAUGGAGGACGGACUUCCCUCUCUCUGCCAGAGAGAUAAGAGACUGAGGGCAGAGGAGGGAGAAGUACUCAGGGCUUUUUGAGUAAAAGUAGAAGUACUAAGGUAUUGUACUUGAGUGAAAGUAGAAGUACUCAGAUCUUGUACUUGAGUAAAGUAGAAGUACUCAGGUCUUGUACUUGAGUAAAAGUAGAAGUACCAGAGUGUAGGAAUACCAAAACGUCCUGCGUUGUGUUACUCACGUAAAAGUAAGAAAGCAUUUGCAAAGUACUCAUGCAGAAAAAAGUACCUGAUUUACCUCUCAAAGGGUAGACGUACAAAGUAGAAGUACUCAAGUAAAGUACUUUAAAUUUGACUUAAGUACUUGAGUCAACGUACUCCGUUACUUUACCCCGCUGCUGAGGGAGGGGGGUGACUAAGCAAUCAAAACGAUGCUAAUGAGCUUCCUGUCAGGCGGGAGUGAAACUCUUUGUGGUUCAGAUCUGGUUUCCUCCUCCUCCGCUGUCUAGACGAGCAGAAACCGCUUUGAAAUCCAGUUUGUCUUCCCUUACACCGACAGGAAUAACACUGAUAUUUAAAGUGGAGUCUGUUGUUAUGUAGGCUGUAAAGACCAACAGAUAUAAAUCACACGCUUUUAUUUUGAAAAUACCCUCUACAGGAAUGUUCUACAUUUGAGAUGAAGGCCAGGUGGAGCGUUACAUGAAUGUGUCAUUGGUACGUCGUAGAAUGGCUUCAUUAGACCAAAUACUGAAGAAAGUCCUACAUUGCACUGGUGACUUAUUUAUUAAGAUAUUUAAUUACUUAUAUCCAAUGGUGUUGCACAAAUGGAGAAAACACUAGACAACUCACCAAACACCAAGAAGUACAAUCACCUGUUUCAUUUGCCCGUCCUGCUAAACUGCAAUUAAGCUAUACUUCACAAAGGAACAAUUAACCUUGAAUGACCGGUGAAUGUUUGCUAUAACAAAAGACAUAACUCUGUAGAAAUGUCUUUUCAGCUUUGGUUUGAUUCUGAUAAACAAGGGAUCUUUAGCUAUUAGCCUUAAAGCUACUGAGAUUAGUUGAACUCUGAUGUGUUUCAACCUGUUGAGGACUCAUCUGAAGAAAAUCAAGGACUUUGUUGAUGUUAAAUGUUCCACUGAAACCCCUAGAACAACAAAUGUACCACAAAUCUGUCAGAAUAACAGCAAUAUGGAAACUGGGGUCAAUAGAAACUCGUUCACAUCCCAAACCUGUGAAAUGUGGCCUCGUUAAAACCCAAACGUUUCCCGCCAAAGCAUUAAAGGCCCUGGGUUUCUGCAGAAGUUGGGAUUGAUUGCAGUGUUUCGAGAGGCGUGUUUUUCUGAGUUGUGCCACUGUGUUCUGGAUGAAUGUUGCUGUAACUAUUUGUAUGUUUAUCGCUCUCUGAAGGAAUCUGUGUUUCUAUGAUUAAAAGGAUUGGUCACCUCAAA